AUGUGGGAGGAAUUCUCAAUGAUCGCCGGCUCUUCCUAUAUACCAAAAACAAGAACACCGCCGAAGCCCGCCGGCGAAGACGCCCACUUUUUCAACCAGACGGCGCAGAUCAUCGGCGUCGCCGACGGCGUCGGCAGCUGGGCAAAAAAAGGAGUCGAUGCCGGCGAGUACGCGCGCGAGCUCAUGAGGAACGCCGAGCAAUCCGUCAAGGGCUUCGCCCCCGCCGCCGUCGACCCCAAAUCCGUGAUCGCGGCCGCCUUCUCGCGGACGAAGGCGGCCGGAUCGAGCACCGCCUGCAUCCUCUCGCUCGCCGGAAACCGCCUCCGGGCGGCGAACGUCGGCGACAGCGGCUUCAUGGUGAUCAGGGGAGGAAAGAUAAUUUUCCGGUCGCCGGUGCAGCUGUGGAGUUUCAACACGCCUUAUAAGCUUGAGAGGAGGGUGAUUUCGGGGCCGGAGUUGGCGGAUGAGAUGGCGGUGGAGGUCGAGGGCGGCGACGUCGUGGUCGCCGCCACGGACGGGUUGUUCGACAAUUUGUUUCCCGGGGAGGUGGAGGCCGUCGUGGACCGGUGCCUCUCGGAGGGGUUGGAGCCGGAGAUGGUGGCGUGUGAAUUGGCCAGGGCGGCGUACUUGAAAUCUACGUGCCAAAGCGCUAAGACCCCGUUCGCCGCGGUGGCGGCCGAGUUAGGACCCAGGCGCAGGCGGGGUGGCAUUGGCGGGAAAAGAGAUGAUAUAACCGUGGUUGUUGCUUUUAUUAUUAAAGCAUUCGCAAUGAUUCUGCAACCGUUGCAGUGCAACAAACAGGGCGAGGUUGUGAGUGUGGAGAGAGGUAUGGUGACCGGUCGCAGUCGCGGUUAUCUAUAA